GCGUGAGGUGAGAGGAAGGAGCAAGAAGAAGAAACAACCUCAAAAUCCCUUUCUUGUGUUCGAUUAGAUAUUGCCUUCACACCAGAGUCUGAGUCCUCUGAGACUUUCCUUCAGUCCUUCACCUUCUUUCUCUCUAGGCGCAAAACCUCGUACUGUUUGUGGCGGCUAAGGAUGUCAGGGAAAGGGGCGAAGGGGUUGAUCACAGGCAAAACCUCCGCCGCCAACAACAAAGACAAGGACAAGAAGAAACCCAUCUCGCGUUCUUCACGUGCCGGCCUUCAGUUCCCAGUUGGCCGUAUCCACCGGCUUUUGAAGUCAAGGACAACCGCCAACGGUAGAGUUGGGGCCACAGCUGCUGUCUACUCUGCUGCUAUCUUGGAGUAUCUCACUGCUGAAGUAUUGGAGCUGGCGGGGAAUGCUAGCAAGGAUCUCAAGGUCAAGCGUAUUACUCCCCGGCAUCUACAGCUAGCAAUCCGUGGGGACGAAGAGCUGGAUACCCUGAUAAAAGGAACAAUUGCUGGAGGAGGAGUGAUUCCUCACAUCCACAAGUCUCUUAUCAACAAGUCUUCCAAGGAGUAGAUUACUGGUGAAUGAUAGCAGCUUGAUGGAAAAUUUCUCUACUAAUUGUGUAUUUGUUGCAUGACACUUGAAAAACACAGUAGGGCCUUCUUCUAUUUAUGACUGAGUUGCUGCUGUUGAUCAUGGAUAUAAUAUUUAGUGUUUCUCUUUGUUAAUUUAGUAUGUCUCUAUCACUGAAAAUCUUAAUUGAGGAUAAUUCAAUCUGAUGGCUUGAUUCAA